AUGAAGCAGUACGACGAGCCAAAAACUGCAGCUCUUACCAAAGGUGUAACAUGUAACAGCAAAGAUGAUGAGAAAAAAAGCCAAAAGGACAAUCGGUGUCAAAAGGAAGAGUCGGUGGAAGCAGAGACAGAUGGACGUUUCAACACAAAUUGGUUCGAUGAGGAGAAACAUGUCUCUGUGCCCGCAUCAGCCAUCUAUGCAAAUGCCAAUCUAGUCAAGUUCAAACAGGAGCAACAGAAGCACCGCGAAUUGCUAAAUAUCUACAAAGACUCGGUUAUUCAUGGAUCGCCAACCCUCGACGAGUGGUACUACCAUUUUGGACCUGACUCUCAUAUAGACAAAGAUCAUCGCAACAAAGAUCAGGUAGUUUCCAAGUUCUUGGAAGGAGUCAAAAGACUCAAUCAAAACACAAACGGCACUAUGCCUUCAGAUGAGAAUAAGAAAUAUUCCGAUGACCUCAGCUCAAGUACAUUCCUACGCGUCAACCAACUUUGGGUCUGGACUAUCGCCAAUAAGUGGUUAAUAACCGCAACCUCGGUUGUUUUUGACGAUGAACAUGAUACGCUAGUGGAAGGAAUUCUAAACCAGUUUAGAAAGCAAACAGCAUCUGGAGGAAGCAGCUCCCAGCCGAAGUCUGCGGCUGAUAUGAGCAAAUUGGUUGUUGACUAUUGUAUCGGUUCAUAUGAGAGACAACCAAAGCCUGUGGGGUUAAUAUCCAUCGGAAAAGUAUUCUCCCAAUACAUAAAUCAGCUAGGAAGACAAGAAACUUCCCUGUUUGACGAAUUCAGACAGCAGACACAGGGCUGGCGUCAAAAGGAGGCCUUGUCAAGAAUCUCACCUGAGGCCUCAUCGUACGACGAAAUUAGAGGAAAAGCAGAAGAACUAUUUCGCUGCAUCAAGGGCGUCCGCAAUGAACUGAAUAUUCUCAGAUCAGUCGCCCAAUACCAAAAAACCGUCCAAAGGAAGCUGUUUGACAGCGAGUUCAAGGAUGCAGAUCUCUCAGCAGAAACCGUUCUCAACGAUAUCAAAGAGAUGGUUGUUCUCGCAGAGAGGAUAGAUUUAGCUCAAAGCGAGAUUACGAACUACCAAGCUACUCUGGCCACUGCACAAGGGAAAAUGAUCAGGGCCUUCACCUUUGCUGCGGUUAUUUUUGUGAACGAUGAUGACCUAGUCUUCGUGUCUAUCGCAUUUUCCCUUGUCCUUGGACUCGUUGCUUUCUUCUGGUACAAAAUUACAGAGCAUUUACCACGAAUAAGAAUCUUUGAAGACGCUGAUCUUCCAAGAGCGCCGAAGGACUAUCAUAUUGCCAAACCUAAGAAGAAAGAAGAUCCUAUGUCGCCCGUUGAGCCCCCAACUGUUAUGGCUGAGGGUCUAUACCAUCGCCUCAGGGGUCAUAGCAAAGCAAAGCAACAAUCUCACGUAUAG